CCCUCUGUCCACCCGUCUGUCCUUCAGCCGCAACAUGAAGAAAAGCUUUUGGUGUCUGCUCUGGGUGUGUGUGUUGUGCCCGGCAUGCUGCUGGCAUGACCUGGACAACAGCGAGUACGACUGCUGGCCGCUGGUCAAACCCAACGAGUACAACAUGAUCGACUGUGGAGGACUGGAGAUGGCCUGGGUGGUCCGUCCUCCGGAGACGGUGAAGAGCGGCGAGGUGUUUAACGUCACAUACUCAGUCACGGCCAGCGACCAUUUCUACCACUGGGCUGUUGAAAACAAAGUCUUCACACAUAGUUCAAUAGAAACCGCAGAAGAAGCUCGGAGGUUUUGUGAACAUCUCGACUGUCCGUCCAACUGGAAGGACGCUGACGGAGAAAACUGCUGCAUCCAUCAUGCCAACAUCCACUCCUGUCCACUGGGACACAUGACGGAGAGCAUCUGCGGCCCCUGGAUCCCCGAUGACGGGAAAAUCUUCACACACACGAUUUCUACGUCCGGCAAGAUGACCCAGACCAACUGGACCGCCAAGGUGGUUCUGGUCCACGCAGGGUUAACCUCGCUCAUCGCUCACAUACGAGUCGGUCGCAUGCAGGCGGCUCUGGAGGCCAAGAGCACGGUGCAGCCCGCUGUAGUGUGCGGUGAUGACGUCUGCGAGGAGGCCGAGCUUUGUUCCACGUGUCCGGCUGACUGCGGCGAGUGUCCUAUGACAGCGGCCACCAAGCUGGCCAUCGGCCUGCCGCUCAGCCUGCUCUGCCUCUGCUUCGUGCUGACGGCAUUGUGGCUGAGGUACCAGAACCAGAAGCUCCUGUGGGACGAGAGUUGGAUCAUCGACUUCACCAAGAUAAAACAAGACCACGAGGCUCGGAUGACGAUGGGCAGCAUGAUGAGCGUGCCGGUGGGGAACAGCGACAGUAACACCAGCUGUGUGACGGCACUCAGCUGCUACACAGGACACCCGGGGAGCAGGAAGAGCCCGUUCACCUGCACCGGGAUCCAUGACGGCAGGACGGUUGCCAUCAAGAGGAUUCAGACAAAAACGUUUUCUCUGUCCAAAACCAUCAGACAGGAAGUCAAACAAGUCAGAGAACUCGACCAUCCUAACCUCUGUAAGUUUAUUGGCGGGUGUGUUGAGGCGCCGAAUGUUGCCAUAGUGACGGAGUACUGCCCCAAAGGAGGCCUUAACGACGUCCUCCUUAAUGAGGAUAUCCCUCUGAACUGGGGCUUCAGGUUCUCCUUCGCUACAGACAUCGCCAGAGGGAUGUCAUACCUGCACCAACACAAGAUCUGUCACGGCCGUCUCAAGUCUCUCAACUGUGUCCUGGACGACCGCUGGGUCUGCAAGAUCACCGAUUACGGCCUGACGACGUACCGCCGUGACGAGGGGGCGGAGCCUCUCUCCAACUAUCAGCAGAGGCUGCUGGAGGUUUACCUGCCGCCGGAGUUUCAGAACUCCAACAUGGAGCCGACGCUGGCCGGAGACGUGUUCAGUUAUUCCAUCAUCCUGCUGGAGAUCGCCACACGCAGUGACCCUGUCCCCGCGGAGGAGUCGGGCCUGGAGAGCGCCUGGUGUCCUACGCUCCCUGAACUCAUCUCCAGUAAGACGGACAGCGCCUGUCCGUGUCCCGCAGACUACGCUGAGCUGAUCCGGCGCUGCCGCUCCCAGCAUCCCGCCCAGCGGCCGACCUUCGAACAGAUCAGGAAGUUCGUUCACCGCAUCAACCCGAUAAAAGUCAGCCCAGUGGACAUGAUGAUGAAUCUGAUGGAGAAGUACAGUAAACACCUGGAGGUUCUGGUCGCUGAGCGGACUCAAGACCUGAUGCACGAGAAACAGAAGACGGACCGACUGCUGUACAGUAUGCUCCCCAAACAGGUGGCAGACGACCUGCGGCAGGGUAAACCGCUGCAGGCUCAGAGCUAUGUCAGCGCAACCGUCUUCUUCAGUGAUAUCGUGGGCUUCACUCAGCUGUCCAGCAGCAGCACUCCGUACCAGGUGGUCGACUUCCUCAACAAGCUCUACACGACGUUCGACGACAUCAUCGACAACUACGACGUCUACAAGGUGGAAACCAUCGGAGACGCCUACAUGGUGGUGUCCGGGGUUCCUCAGGAGAACGGGAUCCUGCAUGCGGCAGAGAUCUCCAGCAUGGCUCUGGACCUGGUGGGCGUCUGCCGCAGCUUCAGGAUCCCCCACAAACCCAACACACAGCUGCAGAUACGGGCUGGGAUACACUCCGGUCCGGUGGUGGCGGGGGUUGUGGGGACGAAGAUGCCUCGUUACUGUUUGUUUGGAGACACGGUGAACACUGCAUCGAGGAUGGAGUCCAACAGCCUUGCGCUAAAGAUCCAGUGCAGCUCCACGACGUUCUACCUGCUGGAGGAGAUCGGCGGAUACAUGCUCGAGUGCAGAGGGACGCUGCAGGUCAAGGGGAAAGGGGACAUGGUGACUUACUGGUUGGAGGGGAAGAAGACAUCUCUGGUCUCGAGGGAAGGCGAUGCCAAGACAACCAAACACGGAGUAACCACAGAGACAGAGGCGGAGAAAGAGCAGGAGGUGUACGCAUCCGUGCCGGGGUUCCUGAGCGGCGAUGCUCUGCUGGAUCCGGCCUGAACCCGCGAAAGCUGUCAAUUUGGAUGUGAUUUCUUCUGUUUGUUCACAGCAUUUCUGUGUUUCAUGUGGUCGCCGUUCUGUUACUAUUUAUUAGAUUUAUAUGUUAGAGUCUACAUUAACUACAUUAUUUAAGGGACAAAGAUAUUCUUACUGCAACAAAAAAACAUUUUCACUUAAAAUAUAAUAAAAUAUGAAUAAUAAAUAAAACGAAACACCAUCAAAGAAGCAAUCUGUUUCCUUAUUAAAUAUUUACUUUUUGUAUUUGAAAUACAUUUUGUUUUACUCAUAAUAUAGUAUUUUCACAGUGUUGUAUUUGUGCUUUUACUGAUGUAACCGUUCUGAAUAUUUCCUCAGUAAAUGAAAGUUUGUAUGUAAAUAUUUCACAGAUCACAGUCACUUUAAUUUACCUGCUGCUUGAUUCAUUGUGAUUAUCAAUAAUUAAUAAAUCAGUGUUUCA